CGUAUCUACGCACAAUGCUGAGCACGGAAGGUCCCCAGCCAAUCGCAAGUAUCGGCAGCCACAAGCUGUGAGCUAGUCAUUAAAAGCAAGUAUGCUAUGGAAAGUCAGUGGACCGAUGCAUACGAGCUGUAUGUAGAUCUUUGCAUCUGUGGAAAACAUGUGGGCAUCAAGCACGUGCAUGUGCGUUCCAUUUAUCUUGCUAGGUGGGAAUCGUGCAUCGCCCCUAUGUAAUGACGAGGAUAACAUGUCGAGCAUAUAAUAUAUUGCUAGGAAGCCCCAGGUACUUUAGGAGUUUUCUGUCCAACUUUCAUCGUUCGCUCUCGUCAAAUUUCCGACUCACUCUACACUUAUUAGAUCACGAUCAUGGCAGUCGGUCAGCUCAAGACUUUGAUCGGAUCGAUCAGGAGAAAGCCCUCUACCGCUCCUGACCGCAAAACAAAUGGCGAAGCGGAUCUGAAGCCUCUGAAUGAGAAGACUUCGCUCAUUCAUGAUCUAACACACAUGGGCGUGAAGAAUAUGGCGACUGUGGCACAAGGCUUGACGACUAUCGCGUCUGGCGAGCCCAUGGACGAUAAGGAUUUGCUUCUCGAGCACGGUGUAGCUGCAUUACAGACAGCUCCGCCAGAUAGUGGAUUGUCUGCAAUGGUCUCGGAAGGCUUCAUCAAGAUGCUUUACAACGACCUCCCUCAUCCACCAGUAACUCUGACCGGACCCACAGCACGAUACAGAAGACACGAUGGAGGCAACAACAACCCACAUCAUCCGGAAAUGGGCAAGGCUGGCAGCCCAUAUUCACGUAGCGUACCACCUCUGAGGCCUAAAGGCCCCAAUUUGCCGGAUCCUGAACUAGUAUAUGAACAGCUACUCAAGCGGAAGGGACCAUACCGCGAGCAUCCCAGUGGUUUGAACAGACUGUUCUUCUCUUUCGCCACCAUUGUCAUUCACGAAUGUUUCCAGAGUUCCAGGACCGAUCCAUGGAUCAAUGAGACCUCGAGUUAUGUGGACCUCAGCACUCUAUACGGAAAUACCGAGGUCCAGCAAAAGACCGUACGCACCUACAAGAACGGAACAAUUUUUGCAGACUCAAUUGCCUCGGAAAGAAUCAUGAUGAUGCCUCCAGGAGUCAUCGCAGUUUUGAUAAUGUUCUCAAGAAACCAUAAUAGCAUUGCUCACUCUCUCCUCGCAAUCAACGAGGAGGGCAAAUACAAAAACUGGGAUGCUCUGAACGAGGAGGAAAGAGCAGCACAAGAUGAAGACAUCUUCCAACUCUCUCGCAAUAUAAAUGUCGGCUUCUUCGCAACUGUCGUACUGAAGGACUAUGUCGCUGCUAUCUUAAACACACCUAGGGCCAACUCCGAGUGGUCUCUUGACCUAGGUGCUGAGAUCAAGCAGGCUGGAACGCGAGUUGAGCGUGGUACCGGCAACGUUGUAUCUGUCGAGUUUGCAGUCCUAUACCAUUGGCACGCAGCUUUAAGCGCUGCUGAUGCAAAAUGGAUGGAGGAUCUGCUCCGAGACAAUCUGCCCAAACUUGGCUCGAUAGACGAUGUGACGCCUGGCAUGUUCAUGGAGGUCCUCAAGAACGAAGGUCACAAAUUGAGGGAUGCGUUACCUAAAGACUGGACCUUUGGUGGCCUCAAGAGAAAGUCAAAUGGCAUGUUCGAUGAUGUAGAGCUGGCAGAAAUCAUCAAAGACUGUAUCGAGUCUCCAGCACAUGCUUUUGGUGCACAUGGUACACCUGCCAGUUUGAAGAUUGUCGACAUCAUGGGCAUGCUUCAGGCUCGAGACAAAUUCCAAGUAUGCACGAUGAACGAGUUCCGUCGCUAUCUGAAUCUGAAGGCGUACUCGAGCUUCGAAGAGUGGAACCCAGACAAGGAAACCGCCAGAGCUGCUGAGCUUCUUUACGGUCAUAUCGAUAAUCUCGAACUGUACCCAGGGCUCAUGGCUGAGGUCACUAAGCCACCUAUGCCUGGAAGUGGUGUCUGCCCUGGCCAGACGACUGGCCGUGGUAUCCUCGAUGAUGCUGUCGCACUGGUCAGAGGUGAUCGAUUCCUCUCGUACGACUUCAACAGCUCGACCUUGACCAACUGGGGUGUGGCCAAACUCAGCACUUCUCCACCAGGUGCCUACGGAGGCAUGUUACCUCAACUGCUUCUCUCAGGGCUGCCGAAUGCCUUCACCGGCACAUCUGUCUAUGCUCUAUUACCGUUUUACACGCCAAAGGCUGCAGCAGGUAUACUCAAGGGCAAUGGAGUGAUCGAAAAGUACGAUCUCACGAGACCACGAAGCGACAGAUCAAUCGUCUCUGUACAGACACAAGAAGGGUGUAAGAAGGUCUUCGAAGACCGUGAGAACUUCCGAGUCAUGUAUCAAGCGGCCAUCAGGCAAUGCACAGAUGGACACGACUUCAUGAUUGGCUGGGACCAACAAAAGAAGCACGACGAUCGAUCAAAGAUCCUGCAUAAGGUCUUCUUCGAGGAGAACUUUGAAGCCAACGUCACGAAGUUCUUCCGCAGCAACGUAGCACGACUCAUCUCGGAGAGCUCGCUCAAGUAUCAAGGUACCAGACGUUCUAUUGACAUUGUUCGAGACGUCACGAAUGUCACGCCCAUCUUGUGGUUAGCGGAGAGGUUUGCUAUCCCGCUCAAGACCGAGAAAAAUCCUCGUGGUAUGUUGUCCGUUCCUGAGUUGUUCGCCAUCUACCUGGUCUUGUUCAUGUACCAGAGCUUCAACAUCCAGCCACUUGUGGAGACAACCCUGAGAGAAGGCGCUACGAAAGUAGCACCCGUCUUACGCAAGAUUCUGCAAACUCAUCUCGAGACUCAACAAGGCUACAAGGAGACUGUGGUCGAUUGGCUCGCAAAGGGUUCAGCAUACGAGGUCGGUCCCGAUGCAGACCGUAUUUACCACGCCUUGAAUGACACGAAGCUUCCUAUCGGUGAUUUGGUAGGCGACUGUAUCGGUACGGGCGCUCCAGUUGCUGGUAAUAUCACUCAGCAAGCGUCGUUGCUCAUUGAUCUGUUCCUCAGCCCCGGCUACGAAGCCUACAAGGAACGCAUUGUUGAACUUGCUCACAGAGACGACCCAGCUUCGGAGCGCGAGCUUCAAGGAUUCGUAUACGAAGGUAUGCGUCACGCUGGCGUUGUCCCAGGUCUUCCUAGGGUAGCAGCUCGAGACGUUACCAUCAACGACGGUACUCGUGGGCCGAUCCACGUCAAAGCGAAUCAGACUCUUUUGAUCGCAACUUCAAAGGCUUCCAUGGACCCUCUGGCUUUCCCUAAGCCUGAGAAAUUGGAUCCUCAUCGUCCGUUCAGCUCAUACGUUCUUCUUGGUCAUGGUUUGCACUUCUGUUUCGGUGCGAGACUGGUCGGUGUCUCGUUGGCUGCUACACUCAAGGAAGUGUUCAAGCUGAAGAACCUGCGCAGGGCUAAGGGUCGUGCUGGCCAAUUUUCAGUCACCGAGCAUGAAAUUGACGGAGUAAAAAUGAGACAGUACCUAGAUGCUAGCUCAAAGGAAUCACCUAUUCCUACGACACUCACGCUUGAAUAUGAUGAGUAAUCGGAAGUCUGUAGAUCGGUGUAGUGUGUAAUAGUUUCGGACCAAGAUAAUUCUCUUCCCAACAGACCAGAUAAUAAUGAGCGAUGCGAA